AAAUUCAAGUAAGUUCAACAAAAUGAGUACCAAAAGGAAAUUGAAGACUUUAACACUACUUGAAAAAUUUGAAGUUAUUAAUGCAGUCAAAAGUGGCAUGAAAAAAAAAGACGUGGCAGCUCAAUACGGAUUACCAGCAAGUACUUUGUCGACAAUACUGAAAAAUAAGAGUGAAAUAUUAGUGAGAUAUAAAUCGAGUAGCAAUUUAUCUUGCAAAAGGCACCGAACAGCUGAGUUUCCUGAUUUAGAGGAAUGCUUGCUGGGUUGGAUCAAGCUGUGCUAUAAUAACAACAUAAGUAUAAAUGGACCUAUAUUACGCGAAAAAGCCGAACAAUUCUCAAAAUUACUAAAACAUGAUUCUUUUCGAGCCAGUAAUGGUUGGUUGGGAAAUUUUAAGAAGCGUCAUGAACUAAUAUUUAACAAUAAGAAAAUUUUCGGUGAAAGUACUGCAAGCGUAAAUAAUGAGAUAUUUGACGAAUGGAAAACUCAAUUGCAAAGUUUAUUAAAUGACUAUGAACCCAACGAUGUUUUUAAUGCAGACGAAACCGGACUUUUUUUCAAGUGUCUUCCUGACAAAACACAUGUUUUUAAAAAUAAAAAAUGUCAUUCAGGAGAACACAGUAGAGAUCGAAUAACCAUAUUGUUAGCAACAAAUAUGACAGGGACAGAGAAACUUAGGCCUUUAAUUAUUGGAAUGAAUAAAAAACUUCGUUGCUUGUCCGGUUGUAAAUCACUGCCAUUAGAUUACGAAGCUAAUAAAAAGGCUUGGAUGACGGCCCAGAUAUUUAGUGACUGGCUUAUUAAAAUUGAUAAAAAAAUGACGAAAGAAAAACGGAAAGUUUUACUAUUUAUUGACAACUGUCCUGCACAUAAUAUGAUUCCGCCAUUAAAUGCACUGAAGAUUCAAUUUAUACCAUCCGAUCCAUUUAAACUACAGCCCUUGGAUCAAGGAAUAAUUAGGAAUUUUAAAACAUUGUAUAGAAAGGAAAUUAUCAGGAAAGUGAUGGUUAACAUGGAAGAGCAGGUUGCUUCCUCUAUUAAUGUUUUUCAUGCAUUUAGAAUGGUGGAUAAAGCAUGGAGAAAUGUAUCCAAAGCCACAAUAUCAAACUGUUUUAAAAAUUGUGGAUUUUUGAUGCGGCAAAGGAAAGCCAAGCAAGAAAAUUACGACCCAAAUGUGAACUCAGAUGCGAACAGGAAUAUUCAAAACGUAGACAUUCAAUUUGAAGAUUAUGUUACAUGUGAUAAUGGACUAACCACUAGUGGAACAUUGACUGAUGAUGAAAUAAUUGAUACCGUAAAAGAAAAUGCGGAGAAUGAUGAGAGUGAUGAUGAUCCAGAUACUGAACCACGAAUUUCGAACAAACAGGCAAGAGCGGCUAUCAAUACAUUACGAACCUAUAUUGAAAGAUGUAAUGAUAUUGCGGACCAUGUAUUCAGUUCAUUGUUAGAAAUUGAAAAUGUAAUUGAUAAACAAUUUUUGAAUUCUUUGACUUGAAAGUUUUAAAUCUAAUGUGUAAUGUGUUUUGUCUAUAAACAAAUCGUUUUAACAACUGUUUAAUUAAUCAUCUUUUUAGUGUACAUACAUAUAUAGUUGUUUAAUUAUUGUAUAUCAUAAGUAAAUAAAAUUGUAAGUACCUAAGCCUUCGCUAUAAUAUCAAAUAUAUAAAUAUUUGUAAGUGUUAGAUAGAGUAUAAAAGAUGAAGAAAUUAACUUCAAGAAGCUGAAGACAAGUAUAAAGUUUUAACCAAUCUUUGCAACAGAUUUUAUUUAAUACAAUUAAAAAUAA